UGUAUGUAAACAAGUUCACAUGAAAACUCUGACAGUACAUUCAUUAUUAGUUGAUGAGCAAUACCUGAUUCAGUCGCUGAAAGUUUCUGGAAACGUCAUCAUGGACGAGUCAGCAUUGGAGCGCUACUUCGACAAGUAUAUCGCAAACGAUAACUGGAGGACAGAGCAGGAGGAGGUCACAGAGGAGAAGCAGGAGGAGGUCACGGAGGAGAAGCAGGAGGAGGUCACGGAGGAGAAGCAGGAGGAACUCACUGAGGGGGAAGAGCUGUUUUUAAACUUACUGCCUGAUGAGCUUCUGAUGCUGUUCCCUUCGGACUACGCAGCUGAGAGCAGGACUGCUGAUAACUGGAGGACAGAGCAGGAGGAGGUCACGGAGGAGAAGCAGGAGGAGGUCACGGAGGAGAAGCAGGAGGAACUCACUGAGGAGGAGGAGCUGUUUUUAAAAUUACUGCCUGAUGAGCUUCUGAUGCUGUUCCCUUCGGACAACGCAGCUGAGAGCAGGACUGCUGAUAACUGGAGGACAGAGCAGGAGGAGGUCACGGAGGAGAAGCAGGAGGAGGUCACGGAGGAGAAGCAGGAGGAACUCACUGAGGAGGAGGAGCUGUUUUUAAAAUUACUGCCUGAUGAGCUUCUGAUGCUGUUCCCUUCGGACAACGCAGCUGAGAGCAGGACUGCUGAUAACUGGAGGACAGAGCAGGAGGAGGUCACAGAGAGGAAGCAGGAGGAGGUCACGGAGGAGAAGCAGGAGGAACUCACUGAGGAGGAGAAGCAGGAGGAGGUCACGGAGGAGAAGCAGGAGCCUGAGAUCCUGAGAUUACCGAAACCCACCCCAGUAAUAUGUAAUGUCUUCUCGACGGUGAACCUGGGCUGCCGUUUGGAUCUGCACAGCAUUGCACGAAAUAUGUGGAAUGUGGAGUACAAUCCAAAGAGUUUCAAGGGGCUCAUUAUGAGGAACCGAGCUCCGAAAGCCACAGUGAUCAUGUUCGCUAGUGGGAAAAUGACCUGCUUUGUGAGGGAGAGCAUUAUGAUGGCCCGCCUGAUGGCCAGAAGGUUUGCCCGCAAACUACAGAAGUUUGGCUUCCCUGUCCGGUUCCUCAACUUCAAGAUCCAGAACCUGAUGGCUACUUACAAAGCCUUUCCUGUGGAUUUAAAGACACUGUGCGAGAUCUGCAAGUGGGAAUGCAGUUAUGAUCCACUGAAGUUUAGUGGCCUCUCCUGUAAGGUGAAUCCCAGGAUCAAAGUGACAGUCUUCAGCACUGGGCGCAUUAAUCUGACCGGAGCCAAAUCACCAAAUGAGUUGAAUGAAGCGCUUGAGGCCAUCCUUCCAUUCAUGAGACAGUGCAGGAAGCAGUAAAGACAGACAGGAGCACCUAUGAAGUCUCAAACUGUGCUUACUAAUAAGUGAUUUUAGAGUCAGAUAUCAAUAAACUGAUGAAUGAACAA